CUUCAUAUGGGGAUAUAAAUACUACGAAGAUAAACAGAUUGAUUACCUUCAUCCCUUCCUAUUCUGCGUAUAUGCGUUUCCAUACAAUUUGUGAUUAGAACGGACAAGCUGACAGUCUCUGGCAUCCUAUCUAGUCACGAAUAGCUAUCUCCCCACUAACUUGGCUCUCUCUUAUGAUACUGUUGCUCUAUUGCGCAAGGAGUCUUAUAUUAGCCCUGCCUACAAACUGACAGGUACUACAUACCCCUCUCGCGCUCCCAGUCUGCCAUGGCCGCCAACCUUGUCUUCCCAACGCAGGGAGUGCCCAAUAUGAUGCCUGAUUAUGAAGUUAGGCUCCAGCUUAACCCAGAUGCUGUCCUUGGCCCCGACCACAAACUAACAAGCACUGUCCUAUCGACCUUUGGUAUACCCCAGAGCAACCCGACCAACCCGACCAACCCGACCAACCCGACUAAGUUAAAUGUCCAGUUCCUAGAUACGAGCUGCAAGGAGCUCUAUACCGCAGGCUGGAGUGCCCGCAUACGCAAGACCGAGAAUGAGGACGACUUUGAGCUGACUUAUAAGAAGCGGUAUCCUAUCACAGACGGCGACAUUGACGCUGCUCUUGUUGCAGCUAAUAACGAUGAUUUCAACGCUGCCAGCACGAAAUAUGAGGCGCAAGUUGAAUGGGGCUACAAGAAUCAAACACUCUCUAUCAGCCACAAGAAUUCCAUAGCGGAUUCAGAGAAUAGCAGAAUGAAUCUGCCGGGGACGAGCAGAUCUAUUGAAAUGCUGGUCAAUGAAGCACCAGACAAGUUCGACAACUGGAGGCCCAACAAUUGGGGUACCAGGACGUUGGCGGUAUCACGCAUUUUUGGCCCGGUCUGUGCCAGCCGCUGUGUUGGUACAUGGAACCAGAUGAAGCUAUAUCUCGAGGUUUGGCCCCUUAUUAAGCUCAAAGGGGGUACGGAAAUUGAGCACAUUGUCGAGGCAUCUUUUAAGACGAAGAGCCGCCAGAAAGCCGCAGAUGAGAAGAACCAUUUAGUCCACCACUUGGAGGAGAUGCAUUGGUUUCUGCCGCAAGACUGCCUAAAGACGCAGCUCAUCAUGCAGCGCUAUUGA